AAAAAAAAAAAAAGCAAACAAGCUCAACGAAAAAGCAGCUGAAUUUGAAUUCAAUAUUUCAAUUGACAAUUUGGAUGACAAAAAUGCUCGUCAAACUCAAAGAAUCACUGUUUCUAAAAUGGAUUAUUGUAAUCUAUAAUCCUUUCCUUUCAUUUCCAUUACUAUAUGCACCUCUCUAUCUUCCUUAAUUCUCCCCCCAAAACUUACGUCUCUGUAUCUGCCAUUCCUUUUAUCGCCGGAAAGCAUCUCCGACCGAUCAACCACCGCCAUUCCGGUGAUCGCACUCCGAUGAUUUGCCGCUUUGAUCCUUUCGGAGAACUUUGCACUGCAGCACCCGAUCCUCCUCCUUUGUUUUCUCAGAUCCACUGUCGUUUUAGCUGUGAUGCGAAAAUUGAGGGAGGAGAAGCAUUCAUGGAUUAGGGUUAGGGUUUCUAGCGUUCUCAGAUCCUUUGUUUUCUGAAUUCGUUAGCUUAGGGUUAGGGUUUGUAGCAUUCUCGAAAAUGUUCAAGAGAAUCAUGAAGGGAGGGCAAAAGAAGCCCUCCAAGUCGGAGCCAAACGAUGCUUUUGGUCCCGCCGGGAACAACCACGUCAAUCCGGAGGUGGCGGUGGCGGCGGCGGUGCCUCCUCCUUCCGCCACCAUGGAACCGCUUCCUCUAUUCCGCGUCGUGGCGGUUUCCGAGAGGCAGAACCUGUUCCUUCGGAAGUUGCAGAUUUGCUGCUUCGUGUUGGAUUUCUCGGAUACGCUAAAAUCGGUUCGGGAGAAGGAAAUCAAGAGGCAGACGCUAAUGGAGCUGGUGGAUUUCAUUCAAUCAGGUUCGGGGAAGAUAACGGAGAAUUGCCAGGAAGAGAUGAUCAGAAUGGUAUCGGUGAAUAUUUUCCGGUGCUUGCCGCCGGCGUCUCACGAGAACACGGGGCAAGAGAGCAACGAUCAAGAAGAGGAGGAACCGUGUCUGGAGCCAGCGUGGCCACAUUUGCAGCUCGUGUACGAGCUUCUCCUCAGAUACGUUGUUUCAUCCGAUACUGAUACCAAAGUUGCAAAGCGGUACAUUGAUCAUUCUUUUGUGCUGAAAUUGCUUGAUUUGUUUGACUCUGAGGACCCCCGUGAGCGCGAGUAUUUGAAAACUAUCUUGCAUCGUAUAUAUGGCAAAUUCAUGGUUCAUAGGCCAUUUAUUAGGAAGGCAAUUAAUAAUAUCUUUUUUCGGUUUAUAUAUGAGACGGAGAGGCAUAAUGGUAUUGGGGAGCUUCUGGAGAUUCUUGGGAGCAUCAUUAAUGGUUUUGCGCUUCCCAUGAAGGAGGAGCACAAGUUGUUUCUGGUGAGGGCGCUUCUGCCUUUGCAUAAACCUAAGCCCGUCGCUAUGUACCAUCAGCAAUUGUCGUACUGCAUCUCUCAGUUUGUUGAGAAGGAUUACAAGCUGGCGGAUACCGUUAUUAGGGGUUUGUUGAAGUAUUGGCCCAUCACCAAUUGCCAGAAGGAAGUUCUCUUCCUUGGGGAACUGGAAGAGGUGCUUGAGGCCACACAAGCUGCAGAAUUCCAACGCUCCAUGGUUCCUCUUUUCAGACAGAUUGCCCGCUGCCUCAAUAGUUAUCACUUUCAGGUUGCAGAACGAGCCCUCUUUUUGUGGAAUAAUGAGCACAUUGUCAGUUUAAUUGCCCAAAACAGAACGGUAGUAUUACCCAUAAUAUUUGAAGCAUUGGAGAAAAAUAUCCAGGGUCAUUGGAACCAGGCUGUUCACGGGCUGACAGUGAAUGUUCGGAAAAUGUUCCUGGAAAUGGACGCGGAAUUGUUUGAAGAGUGCCAGAGGCAGUAUGCAGAGAGAGAGGCUAAGGCCAAAGAUGUGGAAGCGCAGCGGGAAUUGAAUUGGCAGAGACUGGCAGAUGCAGCUGCGCAGAAUGGUUCAGAUAUGGUCACAGUUUAGCCAAAUUACUUUACUGUCGUAACUGGGAGUGUGAAUUGGAUAGGUGAAGAUUAUAUAUGCUCCUCGCCAUUUUGGUGCCAUUAUUUAUUAGUUUCUUUCCUGCCUGCUUAAUUUAUUUUUCCUCUUCAUUUUCUCAGUUGGAUAAUCAGCAAGUUGAAUAUAGCAGUGAUUAAUGUAACUUAAAAUGUAUUGGACGUUGUUAGCAAUGUCUGCGGAUUAAGAAUCUUUUGUGAAAUAUUUUCUUGUAUUUUUUCCCCUUACAGAGAGAAAUAUGGAAAUUUUCUUUUCCUUCUGGAAACUAGACAAACCUUUUUGUUUAUUCUU